AUGUCGAGCGCGACGACGGUGCUGUUGAAGAAGAGAGAGCGCACGCAGAACUGGGUCCCCGAGGAGAAGAACGCUUUGUUCGCGUUGAUCAAGGCGCACGUGGCCGCGAUCGAGAACAAAAAGAUCGAUGCCACUGCCUCGGCGAUGAAGACCCUAGCGUGGCAGCAGAUUCACUGCGCGUUUCGUGGACGAUUCUCCACCGACAGGGACAUCACUAGGAUGAGGGAGCAAUGGAGGCGGAUGAAGGCCCAGGCCAGGAUGGAAAUGUACACUUUCGCGGAGAAGGUGAAAAGUCUGGGCCCCGAGGAGGCGGCCAAGUGUCGACCGUCGAACCUCUCGAUCGAGGUAUGGCGGUUGAUGGAGAAGGCGAAGAAGAACGACGGGGAUGGGGACCGUUCGGACGAGAACAGCCAGGAAGGUAGCGAGAGCUCUACGAGCCUGCAGGCAAUCCUGGACAAGUUGACGACGUCCACGCCGGAAGUGAUAGUCAACGAAAUUAAAGUCGAGCCGGAUAGCGACGACUACAACACGGAGGAGGAAGCUAGCCAGGGCGAAAUUUACAGAAAAAGAUCCGAUCAAUUGGAAAAUAAACGACCACGGAUCUCCGAGGAUGAACCGAUGGACCUCGCCGAGCAAAAAGCGCGAUCCGUGCACACCAUGGGUCGCCAUCUUGAUAAUGCGGAAGAGAACAUAUCCGCUUCGAAGAACAGAAACGAUCGGAUCGACGAUUACGAGGAAUCCGCUCGAAGGGCAACGUGGAUGCUGGAGGUGGCCCAACGGGAGCACGAUUUGAAGCUAAAAAUGUUAAAUAUCGAUCUAGAGCGUGCCGAAUUGCAGAAACAGACCGCCAUCAACGAGCUGAAAACGUCUGAGAUUAAGAGGCGAAUGAUAGAGAAUCAAGCUACCGAGUAUUACAGCCUUUAA